AUGGCGGGGGAUCUUGAUUCCGCUAGUAAUAGAAUCAUAAAGUUUCUCUACAGCUAUGGCGGCAAGAUUCUUCUUUGUCGCAUCGAUGGCAAGCUGCGGUACGUAGGUGGACAUACUAGGGUUCUUGCUGUGGAUCGAUCUAUUUCAUAUGCAGAGCUGAUGGUGAAGUUAGGGGAGUUGUGUGGAUUGUCGGUGACUUUGAGGUGUCAGUUGCCUAAGGAGGAUCUGGACGUGUUGGUUACGGUCACCAGCGAUGAAGAGCUUGCUAAUGUAAUUGAUGAAUACCAUCGGGCUUCUUCAUCGUGUUAUAAGAUCAGAGUCGUUCUUUGGCCGCCCAAAUCUCUCAAAACUAUUUCUCCAGUUUCAUCAACUACGUCCAACGUCGAUUCCUCUGAUUUCAGAUCGAUUACCGCAGUCUGCGCUCAUCGUUCAGCCUCUCCGCCUAUGUUGGCUCACUGUUAUCCUGGUCCUCGUUCAGUAUCUUCAACUACGACGGCACAUAGAUGCUCCACCCGUAUCUUGCCGCGAAUAGAGUUUCCCCUCUAUGUCCGCUAA